UUGAAUGGGUGUGUGAUUGUUCCGGCGGCUCAUUCUCGCGAGGUGAGCAGCCUAAAUCUAAGUCUGUCCCGUUGCCCAGUAGCUGUGGAGUCCUCUCUUCCGCCUGGUUAUUACUCAAUGUAUGCUUUCUUCAGUCCUGUUCAUCAUAAGGGGGACGAAAGUAGACGGGGAUGCGCCGAACGACAUCUCAAAGAGGAGGAAACAUGUAAGCAGGCAUUUGGAACAGCACCUGAUACUCUAAAGAAGGGACCGCUUCCCCCAUUCACCCCGCACUUUUUGUUUUAAUUUAAAUUCAGUCUUCUGUUUUUUGUGCUCCUGGUUGAUUUCGGUGUUGGACGUAAUCAUCGACACAAAUUUGCAAAAAUGAGCGAGGAAAUAUCGGAUGUUCCCAAAGAGCUGCUUGAGAGUGUGAAGGAUGCGGUGGGCAGGAAGGUCAGGCUGUCUGUGAAGAAGAAAGUCAAGCUGGAGGUCAAAGGGGACAAAGUGGAGAACCGAGUGCUGGCUCUCGCGUCCCAUCGGGCCUACCUGCUGACGGCUCGGAUCCCCACCAAGGUUGAACAGACCUUCAAUUAUUUGGAAAUCCAAGGAAUCACAUGUAACAAGCCUAAUCAGCUGGUGGUGGACUACGAACGAGGCCUGGUGUCGCUGAAGCUGGCGUCCCCCAAGGAUGUUGAUGAGGUGGUGGCCCACAUAGGGAGCUCCCUGCAGAUGAUAUGUCCCGGUUUGUCCCCCGUAAAAUUGAUGAAGAAGCUUGUGAUAGAACCCCUGGAGCGGAUGUCCAACCUGCAGGCGCUGUGGGAGAACCAGAGUGUGGCAGAACCAGGCCCUUGUGGUGGUUUCUCCCAGAUAUACAAGUGUGUGUGUGACUGGCUGGGGCUGCCCUACAGAGAGGAGGUGCAAUGGGACGUGGACACGAUUUAUUUAACCCAGGACACUCGGGAGCUGAACCUUCAGGAUUUUAGUCACCUGGAAAAUAGGGAUUUGGUGGCUAUUAUAGCAGUUCUGGAGUACAGUCAGUGGUUCACAAAGCUCUCCACAAAGGAUUACAAACUGUCCACAGAUGUCAGCGAUCAGAUCCUGAGAGUCGUGACCCGGUCCAGUCGCCUGGAGGAGCUGGUUCUGGAAAACGCUGGACUCAAAACCGAUUUUGCACAGAAGCUCACCAACGCCCUCACCCAUAACCCAGCCUCAGGACUUCACACCAUCAACCUUGCCAACAACCCGCUCGAAGACAGAGGGGUUGCCUGUCUGAGCGCUGCUUUUGCCAAACUCCGGAAAGGGCUCAAGCAUUUGAACUUUUCAAAAACCUCAUUAUCUCCCAAAGGGGUGAACAGCCUUGCUCAGUCACUGUGUGCCAAUCAGGCUAUCGCCAGUACCCUCACGCACCUCGACCUCUCAGGGAACAUUCUCCGAGGAGACGACCUCCCGAACCUUUACCAGUUCCUGGGGCAGCCCAACAGCCUGACAACCCUUGACCUGUCCAGCACAGACUGCUCCCUAGACCAGGUGUGUUCAGCGCUUCUGCGCGGAUCCGUCCAGCACCUUUCUGUUCUCAAUGUCUCAAAGAGCGUCUUUGCCCACAGGAAAGGGAAAGAUGUCCCUCCCGCAUUCAAGCAUUUCUUCAGCACCACCAUGGCACUGAGAAGCAUCAACUUGUCGGGGACCAAGCUGCCCCCCGAGGCCUUGAAAGCGCUUUUACUUGGACUUGCCAGCAACCCCAACUUAAAGGAAGUCACUUUGGACCUCAGCUGCUGUGAGCUUGGCCACUGUUUGAGGUCCGGAGGCUCGCAGGUGCUGGAGGGAUGCAUAGCUGAGAUUGCCAACAUUUCCAGCCUGGACAUUUCUGACAACGGUCUGGACUCUGACCUGACCACUUUACUGGUGUGGCUGUCCAAAAAUCGAUCCAUCCGGCAUCUCUCCCUGGGGAAGAACUUCAACAAUAUCAAAUCAAAAAACCUGGCUCCUGUCCUGGACAACCUUGUGCACAUGAUACAAGAUGAGGAAUCACCUUUGACGUCCCUCUCGCUGGCGGACUCCAAGCUGAAGAGCGACCUGACCAUCGUCCUGAAUGCACUGGGCAGCAACACCUCCCUGACCAGAGUGGACAUCAGCGGGAACGGCAUGGGGGACAUGGGGGCCAAGAUGCUGGCCAAAGCGCUGCAGAUCAACACCAAGCUCAGGACGGUCAUUUGGGACAAGAACAACGUCAGCCCUCAAGGCCUGCAGGAUGUCGCCGCAGGGCUGGAGAAAAACUUCACCAUCCGCUUCAUGCCGAUCCCCAUCAUUGACGUCUCGCAGGCCCUCAAGGCCAGCCCGGAGAAGACGGAGGACGCACUGCUGAAGAUCGAGAACUACCUGUUACGGAAUCACGAGACCCGCAAAUACCUCCAAGAGCAGGCUUACAGACUUCAGCAGGGCAUCGUCACAACAACCACGCAGCAGAUGAUCGACAGGAUCUGUGUCAAAGUCCAGGACCACCUCAACUCUCUGCGCUACUCGGAGACCGACGCCAUCUUAGAGGAUGUGAAGAUGGCUGAGAACUUCAUGAAGGAUGCCAGGAACUCCAAAACGCUCCUGCCAAACCUCUACCACCUGGGUACUGCGUCCCGAGACGAGGUCAGCGGUGCAUCCGCUGGCCCCAUCCAGGAGAAGCUGGAGUCUGUGGCAGGGGAGGUCACCAGAGUGAUUGACGAACAGCUUCAGAGUCUCCUGGAAUCCAUGGUGGACACGGCGGAGGGCCUCUGCCCCCAUGUGAUGAAGAGGGCCAACUUGCGUUCGGACCUAAUCAAGGCCAGCACGGGCAAGAUGGUCAUCCCCCGCAGCUUCGUCCAGGACACACUCCUGCAGCAGUCUGGCAUCGACAUUGUCAACAAAAUCAGCGAAGUGAAGCUUGGUCUGGCAUCCUUUCUCUCUGACCGCAUUGUGGAUGAGAUUCUGGAGGCGCUGUCAAGCUCUCAGCACGUGCUGGCGGAGCACCUGGCCAGAAAGGGGCGGCCCCUGCUGCAGCAGGAGUCCCUGGAGACGGAGGAAAGGGCGCCCAAGCGGGCUGUACUGGACCUGGAGGUGGAGCGGCUUGACGACCUGGAGACCUGCAUGACUCUGUGCUGCACCAGCAUGACGCCCAAGUCCAAGAGGAAGAGCAUUCACAGCAGAAUGCUGCGGCCUGUGUCCCGAGCCUUCGAAAUGGAAUUUGACCUGGACAAGGCUCUGGAGGAUGUGCCCAUCCAUGUGGAGGACACGCCCACUCCUCCCAGGCUGGAGAAGAAGAGCUCCGGGGGGAUGGGCGAGCUGCCAUCGGAGGAGGGGAAGAAGCUGCAGCACUACACCAAGCUGAGGCCCAAGAGGAACAAGAAGAUGCACUCCAGCAAGGUCUCGCACAUAAGCAGCACUCCCCCACAGGAAGGGGAGCAGAAUGGCCUCAUGGGAAGGGUUGAUGAGGGAGUAGAUGAAUUCUUCUCCAAGAAAGUGACCAAGCUGGAGACCAAACGGUCCUCCUUGAAGAGCUCCGAUUCCCAGGAUGGGGAGAAGAAGCGUGACUCCCGGAAGGGUGGCUUUCUCAACCUCAUCAAGUCCCGCUCCUCUAAAUCUGACAAGAACCAGGCUGCUGCCACCCCUGCUGUCGCCCCAGUGCCUGUCACUGUGGGGACUGAGGAGCCCUCCUCACCCAAGGUUAGGAGUCCCGCCCCUGACCCAGCCAAAAACAAAGAGACUAGGGUCCCGCCGGCAGACUACAGCAGCAGCUCGGACCGCUCAGAAGAACUGAAGACCCCUGACUCCAUGGACGAGAAUUCAGAGGGAGAUGGCAGGGGCAGCCCCCAGGGGGGACGUCGCUAUGGUGUCCAGGUGAUGGGCAGCGGCCUUCUAGCAGAGAUGAAGGCCAAGCAGGAGAAGAGGGCAGCUGGUGCCCAGAAGACACAGGACUCCUCAUCCAGUCCAGACAGGCCAGAUGGAGGUGGGCCAGCAGCGAAGGGGCAUCCACCUCCUCUGGAGAACCGGUCGCCAGGGUUGACCAAAGCAGAGGGGCCGGUGAGCUCCCCAGAGAGGACGCUGUGGAGUGACAGCAAGCCAGAGCCCACCCCCAGGAGCCGCGUCACACCCCCUAGCCCCUCCCCUGCCAGCCCCAAACCGCCCCUGCAGGGGGCUAAGCCCGCCCUGGCUGCCCGCCCCGCAAUCCCACAGAAGCCCCGCACCAGCAGCAGCCGGAGCAUAGACGAAGGCUCGGACUUACCAGGUGGGAACGUCUCCCCGAAGGCCCCCCUUCUGUCACACCCACUGAAGAGGGCAGCGUCUGAGAAGGAGGGGCCGGGCAGCCCACUGCCGGGCGGAGCCAUGGGCCGGUUACCUGCUCAGGAAGUGAGGUCAGCCUCCGUGACGGACCCUGCUCAGCGGCCCAGCCCCAACCGCAAAAACUCGGAGGACAACAGCUUCAAGGCCAAGAACAGAUCGCCGAACAAAGACAAGGACAAGGAAAAGAGCAUCGGAGGGGGGAAGUCCACCGACUCUGGGGAGGAUACAGACAAAGACUUUAUUUUUAUAUGAGUUGAAGAAAUAAUAAUAAUUUGUUAUUAAAAAUAAUAACUGUUAAAUGGGACCGCAACACCCUGUGUCCAGUUCAGUCUCAGAUCAGAAAUCAGAAAAUGGCGUACGCUUCUGUCUUCUGUAGUUUAUCCAGGACCAAACAAAGAAAGCAAUAUGUGUGUGUUUUUCAUAGGUGGCCAGGGGAAGUAACUAUGACAUGUUAUACAAUGAGAUCACUGUGCUGCACCCCAUGGACUCCAGUAAUUUACUCAUGAAACGAGGCUGAAGUACUGUUAUAGUGUGAACAUCGUAUUAUGUCACUGUCUCAAUACCUUUCCCUUCGCAAAAGACGACUUCCAGUUCAGCGUUCAAAAUUUAAGACGGUUUGGCCGUCAUGCACCGUGCUUUGUGUUGAUGAAACAACCUGGUGCAGUGACAAGCAAAUGCAAAACAUUGAUGGUACUUCUCCGAUUGGUCAUUUUGGCGAACUGAUACGCAUAUAGAGGUCCACGUUCACAAUGUUUUGGUCUGAGUCAGCUCUUUGUUUGCCCCGGAUUUACCACAUA